GAUUCGCGGUGGGCCUGCGAGGCGAGCGGUCCGGAGAGGUGAACGGGCCGCGGCGGUCGCGUCGCUCGAUGGGACGGGCUGAGUGGAGAGAGCCGGGGCCGGCGGUUGGCGAGAGCUUGGGUUUGCGCAUCGCCAGCUCCUGGGUUGCGGCCGUGCCCGCGCUUCGUCGGCGCUUAACGCCUGGUUUGUGCCGAGCGAGCCUGAGGAACUUGAAGCAUCGGCGGGGCCCUGCUGCUGCCCGGCCGUGCCCAGCGAAACGCUUUGGGAACUCUUCUAUUCCCUUAAAAUAAGAUGAGUGGUAUUUUCUGGGAAUGUUAGGCUUCAGCAGGAGAAUAUUUGACUUUCUCUCUCUCUCUCUCUCUCUCUUUUUUUUUUUUUUUUUUUCAUUUUAUCCUGGAGCUUUUUGCAGCCCCAGGUUUGCUCUCCUGUGUACUCUACUAAGCAAAUAUUGAUUCUGUCAUAGCAUAAGUAACUGACUAAAUUUAUUAUGCUGUAGUCACUGUGAAUCAGUGAGAACCUAGCGGUUACCCAGGACCUGUCACGCUUGUGCUGUGUCUUACUGUACCUGCUGCGCUUCCUGGAAGGGAACGGGCUGCUCAUAUUAUGACUGCUUGUAUGUGGCUCAGCGCCAUUGUCACUGUCUUUGAGACAGGAUUUAUUUGAAAUAAUUUAUUUUUUAUGCAGUUAAGAUGUUAAUGUAUCCCUUCCUCUUUACAUCAUUUACUGUACUCAGCGUGCUCAGUGCUAUGUAAUCUUUGGAAUCAGCUAGACAAGUGUGCAUAGGCUGUGCUGUUGUAAAAUGAGUAAAAAGGGAAUUCAGAAAGACUUCCUGAUGUGGUUAGUGAGUUGGUAGCAAAACGUUUUGCUAUUUUAAAUGAAAAUGAAAAAUGCAAUAUUUGAGACUUGGCUUUGGCAGGUUUGAAAAACUUUAGAUCUUUACUGGCUCUAGCAAAAAUCACACUGACUGCUGCUUAUUUAAGGAAGCUUAAUGAAGUAACAUCUAACUGAGCACAGCAGUUUGGAGUAUGAUCUUUGUUGUGCUUAAGUCUAGUUGACUUUAAAGAAAGCAUGUUGAUGCUCUACUGACAAACUUCUUAUAAGUUUCAUUGGACUAGGUUACUGUCAGCGAGGAAAAUGCGAUGCAAGAAUUACAUGCUUAAAUUUCUUAAUGAAGUCCACAUUUUGGUUACUUGUAUUGUUGAUGUAAGUUGUAGUUUGUAAACAGUGACGACUCUGAGAACUAAUGUGCUUGAUAGUCAGUAUGCACAAAUAAAUAGAUAUUUGUAAAGAGCUGUCAUUUGUUUUACUUUGUUUUUAUCAUGGCUUUUUUGUCCUUGGAUGAUAAAAACUGUGGUCCUCUAUUUAGUAAAUAUCAUAGUACAAUUAUUAUCUUUUUGGCACUUUGCAGUUAGUACCUUCUUGUGAUAGUUGUUGAUUGCUGUAAGUCACUAAAAUCUGCAUUUUAGUUGGUCUUGUGCAUGAUAUGUAAGAAGCGUUCCUCUAAAUCAAUUUGAAAUUCGUCAUCCAAGUUGGAAUAUGUUUAUCCUCAGCGAACUUGCAACCACUUACCUUGUGCUUGUUUAAACAGUAUCAAAAUGCAACUGAGCGCCUUUUACUUGAACCGUGGAUUCUUUUCUUUUUAUAUACUUAAACAUACAGCUUACUGGAGUAUCACUGAUAAGUACUUUAUGCCUUGUAUUAAAAUUCUUCAAUAAAGAAGUCAUUUUGGUAGGAUCACAUAACUAGCAAAAAGGUAGGGUGACAUCAAUUGACUACAUGCAUUAGUUUCAUACAAAUUAAGUUAUGUAAGUAGAAUAUAAAUUUCUUGAGAAUUGGAAACAUUUUAUGAUAGGGUUGUGAGGAAAACGUGUAGACUGCAACACAGGUGUGCACACCAAUGGUCUUGAAUGAACUUUUAUCAGCAGGCAUGACUUUUUUUUUCCUAGUAUAUGAAUAUUGUGUAUCAUAAGGAUUAUUUUCUUAAUGAAAUUCAGAAAUAUUCUUUGGGUGAACUUAAGAUAUAAUUCUUCUGGAAGCCUGAGUUAAACUUAAGUAAUGUGGGUAGCAGUAGAACUGUUUUUUUUGUUGUUGUUGUCUCCAUGUGUGUUGUGAUUUGUAAGCAAUCUCCUGUAGGAUUUAAACAUUUUAAGUUUCAAGUUAGGUGACUUUGGUUUAAAAAAAAAAAAAAAAAGACAUUUUUUACAUCUUCUUGCUGUCUCCAUGUAGUGGAAAAGCUAAGUCAUGGCCUGAAGCAGUGAUGGAGCACCUGGUGGGAAGGCAGGACCAGCUAGGGGAGCUCAGUUGCAUGCGAUGCAAUGCAGUGAGUGACUGGAAUGGGUGGAGUCCGGAUGCACCCCUUCCCAGCUCUCAUUUAAGGGCUGGCAGUGGAGGUGAAGGGAUCUCUCUGGAGAUCUGUACAUAUCUGAAGACCUUACAGGUCUUCCAAAACAGGUGGUUGACCCUACUCUAGCAGAAAUGGGAAAGAAUCUGAAUGAAGCCAUGAAGAUGCUCGAAGACAGUCAAAGAAAAGUGGAGGAGGAAAAUGAAAAGAAGUAUGCACGGAAGGAUAUUCCUGGACCGUUGCAAGGCAGCGGCCAGGAUAUGGUGAGCAUACUUCAGUUAGUUCAGAACCUAAUGCAUGGUGAAGAGGAAGAGGAGUCUUCACAAGCCUACCGACUUCAAAAUGUUGGUGAACAGGGUCACAUGGCUCUACUGGGACAUAGUUUGGCUGCCUAUAUAUCAGUACUGGACAAGGAAAGACUGAGGAAGCUCACAACAAGGAUCCUUUCUGAUACUACUCUCUGGCUCUGCAGGCUUUUCAGGUAUGAAAAUGGGUCAGCUUAUUAUCAUGAAGAUGAUCGUGAAGGUCUCCUAAAAAUCUGUCGACUUGUUAUUCACACAUGCUACGAAGACUAUACAGUAGAAGGAUUUAAUGUGCUAUGUACUAAGCAGCCUGUUAUAUACAUUAGUUCUGCAGCGAGAACAGGCUUGGGACAAGCUCUUUGCAAUCAGCUAGGAUUACCCCUCUCUUGCAUGUGCCGUGUGCCUUGUAACACUAUGUUUGGAUCUCAGCAUCAAAUGGAUGUUGCUUUGUUGGACAGAUUGAUUAAAGAUGAUGUUGAGUGCGGAAAACUGCCUUUGUUGCUUGUGGCUAAUGCUGGAACACCAGGUGCUGGGCACACAGAUAAACUUGGGCGGCUAAAGGAACUUUGUGAGCAGUAUAAUAUGUGGCUCCACGUAGAAGGUGUGAAUUUGGCAACUUUGGCUUUGGGUUAUGUCUCCUCUUCUGUACUGGCGGCCACGAAAUGUGACAGCAUGACUCUUACUCUGGGUUCCUGGCUGGGUCUGCCAGCUGUACCUGCAGUGACACUCUACAAACAUGAGGAUCCUUCUUUGUCCUUAGUAGCUGGGCUGACAUCAAGUCAGCCUGUAGAAAAACUUCGUGCCCUGCCACUCUGGCUCUCCUUGCAGUACUUAGGCCAUGAUGGGAUUGUGGAGAGGAUAAAGCAUGCUUCACAACUAAGUCAAAGGUUGCUGGAAAACUUGAAAAACCUGGAUUUCAUUAAAACUUCGGUUGAAGAUGAACUGAGUUCACCAGUGGUGGUUUUCAAGUUCUUUCAGAAGUAUUUAAAUAGAGAUCUAACACCACAUGCUGCACAGACCUCAGCUAUUCAGCACCCUGUAAUAAGUAAUGAAGGACACAUUUAUGACACUUUCAAUCAGUGGCUAGGAGACCAGUUGGCACAGAUGGUUCCUGCCAGUGGGAUUGAUGUGGUAGAAUUGGAAGAUGAAGGCACAUGUGUGCGUUUCAGCCCAUUAAUGACUUCUGCAGUUUUAGGAACUGAAAUACAAGAUGUUGAUCAGUUAGUAGACUGCUUAAAAAUGAAGAUACCAGUAUUGACAAGUACACUGCAACUGAGAGAGGAGUUUGAGCAAGAAGUGAGAAGAACAGUAGGCUUGUUGUAUAUUGAAGAUCUCAGCUGGCCAGGAUUAGGUGUUGUAAGAUACAGCUAUCACAGUGAUGAGAAGAACAAUGACAAUCAAGAAAAAGAAUUGGAAAAAAUUAAUACAGAACUUCUGAAAAAAUUAAAUGAACUGGAGUCGGAUCUCACUUUUUCUUUGGGCCCAGAAUUUGGAGGACAGAAGAACUGUGUUUAUAUUGGCAUGGUAACUGAGGACCUGGAUGUGUCAGAGUUAGUUGAAACUAUUGCAGCAACAGGCAGAGAAAUUGAAGAAAAUUCAAGAUUGUUGGAGAACAUGACUGAAGUUGUUAGAAAAGGGAUACAGGAAGCACAACUUCAGCUUCAGAAAGCAAAUGAAGAACGACUUCUUGAAGAGGGACUGCUACGACAAAUACCUGUAGUAGGUUCUGUGCUGAACUGGUUUUCUCCAUUCCAAGCCUCACCAAAAGGAAGAACGUUUAAUUUAACAGCAGGUUCACUAGAAUCCACAGAAUCUACGUAUGUAUCAAAAGCCCAAGGUACAGGUAUUACUCCGCCACCAACUCCUACUUCCAGCCUCACAAAGCAAAAACAUCUUGGUCAGAAAAUUUUUAAAAGGUCUCUCAGAAAUUCUGAUGCAUUUAGUGAGACCAGUUCAGUCAGCCACUGUGAUGAUAUGGAAAAGAUGGACCAGAGAUCCCCAACUCUGUCACCUGGCCAAGAGCAAAGACCACUGGAGCCAGAAAAAACAGAGCUGCUGCCCAAGGUGGUGCCACAGGCAACAAAUAAAGAUACUGAGGACAUUCAAAGCAGCAAAUCACUAAAUGACUGCACAAGUGUAGAAGAACAAGGAAGUCAAAGAUAAAGACUAGAUGCUGGAUUUAAGACUGUGCGAAUAAAUGACAUGCCUCAGAAGGUAGGGUAUUUUAAUGAUGCAUUUAAAAUGUGAACAGUGCCACACACUAAUACGGUAAUAACUACUGUAACUUGCUAACUAAGAUUUUGCACAAAUAUAAAUUUUCCCCACAAAGGAAAGAUUUGUCUUACUGUACACUUAGUACAGUUGCUUUAAUCCUCUGUACAUGUUGGUGUCAACAAAGUUGCAGUGAGAUUAACUGCCUGCUUGUAAACAUUUGUCAAGAAAAACAGGCGGUUAUAGUUCCAAUUAGACUUCAGUCUUUGACAGUAGAUGCUAACUCAGCAGCCAUGUAGAAAUUAAGAAUACAGUUGCACCCAAUAAUUGUAAAUUGAUCUUAUGUGUAUAUUUUUAAGAAACUGCUGGUUUUAAUAUAAAAGUGUUUUAAAAAAAAAAAUUGUUUAACCUCUCCAGUAAAACAGCCUGGUCACCCUAGUUCUAUUUUUGCUUUUUUUUUUUUUUCAACACUUCUAUGAAAAACAUUGCCAAGCAGCUGUGGUGCAAUGAGUGUUAGGGAUGGAUGCUUAUGUGUGUGUAUAUAUAUAUAUAAGUAGGAGUCACUGAAUUGUACUUUGUCAUCACCCAUUUUUUUUCCUGCUGUUUUAUGACUUGACCUGUUCAGCUGAGGCUCUAAGUACAGCAGGACUAAGUUACUGAGUUUUAAGCAGUUCAGAAAGAAAUAGUGCCUCUCCGUGCCUACAUGGUUUCUUGCUUCUAUCACUGAAAAGAAUCACCAACAUUUUUUUUCCUUUGCAUGACACUUAUAACACAUAUGUAGUAUUAACUGGACUUUUCUUGUUAUGUAUUUUUAAAGAUAGUUACAGUAAAGCUUGGGGGAAAAAAAAAAUCCACUAUAUUUGUGCUGAUUUCAACACUUUUGAAUAAUUUUAAAUUUCCUAGGGUAGGAAAUAUACAGAUAAAAUGAAAAUAUAUGGUUUAUUUACACUACAGGACAAGUUCAUAGUGUCCAGGAGUACUUAAGGCACAAUUUAAGUUAAGCUUUGGAUACAUCAAAAGCUAGUGCGCAGAUCUUCCUCCCUGCCCUCAAAUGAUCUAGUGUAGUUGCUUUGCAAGUUUUCAAAGCCUACUGUGGAAACAAGAUCUUUUGGAAAGUUUGCUCUGCAACAAGGUAUCUGAUUUUGGAGAAAAUCUUUCAAUCCCUACAGAGCUAGAUACAGAAGUACUAUAACUUUGUUUGUUCCUUUUUUCCAAAGGGUGUCAAUUUAAUGGCGAUAAUGGUGGCAGGAUUAACUGUGAUCUGAAAUGUUUUUUUUUUAAUACUAAUGUCACCCUCAUUUGACUUUCAGCAUCUAAAUCCUAUGGGUAAAUUUUGCUGUUGGGGUAUGUAACUUACAUAAAUCAGAGUGCAAUUUUUCUGAAGUGCAAAAGCAGUUACGUUGACUAGUCUUCCUCAGUGAUUUCUUUGGUGCAAUGAAUAAGUUAAUAAGAGUAAUUUGUGGGGAAUAAAGUUAUCACCACAAUGAUUAUUUUUUAAUGUUUUUAUAUUUGGAAUUGUUUAACCAGUAGUUUUGGUGGAAUGAGCUUCAUUCUUCAGCUCCUAUCUGACUGUUUCAAUAAAGAUUCUUCAAAUUA